AUGUGGGAGAUCGAGAAUUUCGAUGUCGGAAAGACUCUCAACCAGAUAGAACAGGAUGUUGAAAAACACUUUCUUCAAACCGUGUCACGCGAUACUACUGGGCGGUACAUUGUACGUCUUCCUUUUUGGGAGUCCAUGGUCCCGCUGUUAGGAGACUCUUACGACCAAGCAGUACGACGUUUUCUGUUUAUGGAGAAACGGUUCGCUCGAGACAACGAUCUGCGUGACGAAUAUGUAAAGUUUAUGGACGACUAUGAACGAUUAGGGCAUAUGGAAGUUGGUUCUCGUGUCGCGGGCCCGCAGUAUUUCCUCCCGCACCAUGCCGUUCAUCGGCCAGAAAGCAGCACGACAAAAACUCGGAUUGCCUUUGACGCUAGCAGCAAAGGAUCCAGUACCCUUUCUCUCAACGAUAUUCUUCACACUGGCCCCACUGUACAACCACCACUGCUAUCCAGCGUUUUUAAUUUCCGGAUGCCACAGUACGUCUUCAAUGCGGACGCGGAAAAAAUGUUUCGCCAAAUGUGGGUGCAUCCUGAGGAUCGGCGGUAUCUAAAGAUCGUAUGGCGUCGGGAACAAUCUAUGCCACUGCAAGUCUAUCAGCUGAAAACGGUGACUUAUGGACUUGCUUGUUCGCCGUACCAAGCUGCGCGGGUGCUCAUCAAGCUUGCCGAAGACGAUGGUCACAACUACCCUCUCGCUGCGGAUGUUGUAAUACUGAAAGUCCUCUUGUCUAGACGUUAUUGA